AUGACGUAUGGUGAGCGCGAUCGUGUUUCUAAAUCUAUAGCGACUUGCAAAACAUCCACGUGGAAACAUCGUGAGUUCGUCAGAGGCACGGAUGAUUAUAAGGUUAUUGAGCAAGUCUGUCGUGGUGUCACAGAGUCAAUGAAGGCAACAUCUGUAUCUUUGAAUGGGGUUCCAAAUCCAAUCACAAAACGAGAGUAUCAAAUUUAUAGAAAGAUAGUCGAUCAACUUGAGCACGUCCCAAUCUUUAGCCAUUUCGACGAGCCCUGCGAAGAGCCUAGUGAAAAGCGAAUCAGCGAGACGGUGGAAAGUUUAAGGGAAGACAUCUGCGCUUUGCAGGAGCAGAUAGUGGCAAGAUACGCAGCCCCUGAGAUUCCAAGAUCACGUUUAUACAUGACUUUCUGCGAUGCUCUCUAUCUCGAAUGGAUGCUUAACGUAGAGAAAAAUCUGAUGUUAUGGAGACGAGUUGUCACCGAAGACCAUCCUUGUUGGUUGACUAUGAUGAGGACCUUCAGAAUACGGUUGUACUACCUACUUCCAAUAAAGAUGAUACGGAAACGCGAUCAGGACGGGCUAUUUAGGAAUCUUACGUAUGCAGAUUUAUGCUAGUU